AGCCCCGAGCGGGCGGGCCGGGCUGGCAGCGCGUGGCGAAUCCAGCAGGGCCUGGCCGCCAGCCCCUCUGGCUAUGGGCCCCUCACGGAGCUACCGGACUGGUCCUAUGCAGAUGGUAGAUGUGCUCCCCCAAUGAAAGGCCAACUCCACAGAAAGGCACAGAGGGAAAAGCUUGCGAGACGGAUUGUGCUGCUGUCCCAAGAAAUGGAUGCAGGAUUGAAGAAGUGGGAGCAACAGCAGCAGGAGAAACGGCAGGAGGAGGAGAAGAAAGGGCAAAACCUGCUGAAGCCCAAAGGGUCUUCCAUGAAGGACCCAUGAAUCAAUAAACCUAACCCCCUUCUUUAGCA